AAUUGUGUUUCGAAAGCUGUACGAUUAAGUUCGAUUGAAGAUAUGGCGAGUGCAGAGGAUGAAGUUUUUUCCAAAACUUUAGUUUUCUUUGUGAAUGGAAAAAAAAUAGAAGAUGAUCAAGUUAAUCCGGAAUGGACGUUGUUGUUCUAUUUAAGAAAUAAAUUGAAAUUAUGUGGCACCAAGUUAGGGUGUGGCGAAGGAGGGUGUGGAGCUUGUACUGUCAUGGUAUCCAAAUACGAUAGAAGAAAUAAUAGAGAAAUACAUUUGCCUGUAAAUGCAUGCUUAGCUCCAUUGUGUUCUAUGCACGGUCUGGCUAUCACAACAACAGAAGGUAUUGGAUCCACUAGAAACCAGCUUCAUCCGGUGCAGGAAAGGAUAGCUAAGGCGCAUGGAUCCCAAUGCGGUUUUUGUACGCCAGGCAUUGUUAUGUCAAUGUAUACCUUGCUCAGACAGAAUUCGAAGCCGAAGAUGAAAGACAUCGAAGAAGCAUUUCAAGGAAAUCUGUGCAGAUGUACUGGUUAUCGAUCGAUCAUAGAAGGCUAUAAAACGUUUACUGAAGAAUGGGAAACGUGGCAAAAUGGCUCUAGUACGAUAAGUAAUGGCAAUAAUGGCGGUUGUGUAAUGGGAGGAAAAUGUUGUAAGCUUGAUACAAACUCUUUUGCUUCUCAAAUUAAGAACGAUGAAAAAAUAUGUAAUAAGUUGAACCAGAAAGAUAGUCAUAUGGAUGUUAAAGCGAUGCCAUUUAACGUCAAAGAAUUUACUCCUUACCAUUCAACUCAAGAACCUAUUUUUCCUCCUGAACUUAAGCUAAGUGAUAAGUAUGAUAAACAAUUUUUGAAAAUAGAAGGUCUAGCAAUAACGUGGUAUAGACCACCAACCUUACAUAGCCUGCUAAAAUUGAAAAGUGAUCAUCCAGAUGCAAAAAUUGUAGUUGGAAACAGUGAAGUCGGAGUCGAAAUGAAAUUCAAAGAUAUGUUUUACCCAGUUUUGAUUCACCCAAGUCACAUAGAAGAGCUGAAUCAACUAACAGUAAUCGAAACUGGUGUGAAAAUUGGGGCUUCAGCAUCAAUUUAUGAUAUUGACUGUUUUUUAAAAGAGCAAAUACAAAAGCAUCCCGAAUAUAAGACGAAAAUUUAUCAGGAAUUGGUACAGAUGUUUCAGUGGUUCGCAGGAAAACAAAUUCGAUCAGUUGGAUCCCUAGGAGGCAAUAUCAUGACGGGAUCUCCAAUAAGUGAUAUCAUACCUAUACUUCUAGCUGCGCAGGUUAAAUUAGAGGUCCUAAAAGGAAGAAAAACUGAGAUGAUUAGUCUUGAUGACAAUUUUUUUAUAGGUUAUAGGAAAAGCUGUUUGGAUCCCACAGACAUACUUUUGGCAAUUCAUAUACCAUUUUCCAGCUCGAAGCAAUAUAUCAAAGCUUAUAAGCAAGCGAAAAGAAAAGAAGACGAUAUAGCUAUUGUCAAUCUGGCAGUUAAUGUUAAUUUUGAGGAUGAUUCAUGCCUAAUCAUAUCAGAUAUUCACUUAGGUAUAGGGGGUAUGUCUUUUAAAACGAUUUCAGCCCCAAAUACGGAAUCCAGAAUGAAAACCCGGAAAUGGAAUAGGGAAACCUUGGACUUAGCUUCGAACUGUCUUAUGGAUGAAUUUUCACUGCAAGCUGAUGCGCCUGGAGGAAUGGUAAAAUAUAGAGAAAGUCUGGUGUUGAGUUUAUUUUUUAGAGCAUUUCUAGCAAUUAGUUCAAAACUGCCAGAUUUUAAAUUGAGUGACGAAGAGAACAGCGCCAUCUUGGAGAUUACUAACCCAGAAUAUAAGAGUUCUCAAUAUUUCCAGGUAUAUCCCAAUGCAGAAAAAUCUAAUGAUACCCUACAAAGACCUUUAGUGCAUCUUUCUGCAUUUAAACAAGCCACUGGUGAAGCUAUAUAUGUCGAUGAUAUGCCUAAGUUUGAUGAUGAGCUUUACCUUGCAUUCGUAUGUAGUACCAGACCACAUGCAAAAAUCUUUUCAAUUGAUUUCACCGAUGCUAUGAAAAUAGAAGGUGUCGUGGGUACAUUGACUGCUGACGAUAUACCUGAAAAAGUUAAUCAUAUAGGGACUCAUAUUAAGGACGAAAAGGUAUUUUAUUCUCAUAAAGUUACUAGCGAAGGGCAGGUCCUGGCUGCUUUGGUAGCAGUAGACCAAAUCACAGCCCAAAGAGCUGUUAAAAAAGUCAAGGUAAUAUAUGAAAAUUUAACACCAGUUCUAUUGACAAUCGACGACGCAAUAAGGCAUGAUUCCUUUUUCGACGACAAAUUUAAUUUAUCUAUAGAAAAAGGUGACGUCGAUAGAGUUUUUAAAGAUGCAAAAAAUACUAUAGAGGGAGAAUCAAGGAUAGGGGGUCAAAAACAUUUCUAUUUGGAAACGCAUGCUUUUAUUGCAGUUCCUUUGGGAGAGGAUUCUGAGAUGGACAUUUAUGCUACGUCACAGCAUCCAACAGAAAUUCAAAAAACAAUAGCUCAAAUAUUAGGAGUUUCUCAACAUAAAAUAAACGUUAAAGUUAAACGACUGGGAGGUGGUUUUGGAGGAAAAGAAUGGAAAGCUACAAUGACAUCAAUACCCAUAGCGAUUGCAGCUAAGAAAUUUAAUAGGCCAGUGAGGUGCAUGCUAGAUCGAAAUGAAGACAUGUUUAUGCACGGUGGACGAAAUCCAUUUUAUGUUAAAUAUAUGGCAGCGUUCGAUGAUGAUGGAAAGAUUUUGGCUGCGGACUACGAGGUCUAUCUAAAUGCAGGAUAUUCAGUGGAUUUUUCAUUUUUUGUAUUAGAACGUGCUAUGACCCAUCUGGAAAAUGCAUUCAAUAUUCAAACCAUACGAGGCAGAGGAUUUCUGUGUAGAACAAAUAUACAAUCGAAUACAGCAAUGAGAGGGUUUGGCGCUCCGCAAAUUGGCUUUGCCAUUACUAGCAUGGUGGAUGACAUAGCUAACUAUCUGCGAAAAGAUAUUAGUGAAAUCAGCAGGAUUAAUUUAUAUAAGGAAGGAGAUUCAACAUACUACGGUCAAAAGUUAGAAAAUUGCACUAUUGAAAAGUGCUGGGAGGAAUGCAUAAAAUUGUCAAAUUAUUCUGAAAGGAGAAAGAAAAUAACGAAAUUUAACAAGAAAAAUUGUUACAAGAAACGCGGUCUGGCUAUUGUACCAAACAAACAUGGAAUCGGAAUUCCGGAAGUAUUUAUGAAUCAGGGAGCGGCUCUGAUCAACGUUUACGCCGACGGAUCAGUGCUUUUGCAUCACGGUGGCGUUGAAAUGGGUCAGGGACUGCAUACGAAAAUGAUUCAAAUAGUGACAAGAGUCUUGGAUAUACCUGUAGAUCGGAUAUUUACCAGUCACACUAAUACUGCGAUAGUACCAAACACCUUUGAAACAGCCGCCAGUUUGGGAUCGGAUUGGAAUGGUGGUGCAGUUCUUAAUGCUUGCCAAAAGAUCAAAGCCAGACUAAAACCAUUUCAAGAUGCCAAUCCAAAUGGUACCUGGGAAGAGUGGGUUAAUGAUGCACAUAGGGGAAGAGUUAGUUUAUCAGCAACAGGAUUUUAUAAAACGCCUGACAUAAAUUACGAUUGGGUAAAAAAAAAGGGCAACAUGUACAAUUAUUUUACUUAUGGCGUUGGAUGUACUGAGGUUGAAAUUGAUACACUAACUGGAGACCACAAGAUUAUCCGAACAGAUAUUGUGAUGGAUAUUGGUGAAAGUUUAAAUCCAGCGAUUGACAUAGGUCAAAUAGAAGGUGCUUUCAUGCAAGGUUAUGGCUUGUACACAUUGGAAGAACAAUUGUUUACGCCAAAGGGUUCUAUAAUAACUAGAGGUCCUGGAAAUUACAAAAUACCUGGAUUUGGGAAUAUACCUGGAGAAUUUAAUGUAUCGCUGCUCAAAGGUUCAUCCAAUCCAAGAGCCGUGUAUUCUUCAAAGGCUGUUGGAGAACCACCUUUAUUUUUAUCCUGUGCUGCAGUUUUUGCUAUCAAAGAUGCCAUACGAUUCGCAAGGAAAACUAAUGGUGCUUCUGAAGCAUUUCAACUAGACUGUCCGGCAACAUCCGAACGUAUUCGAUUAGCAUGCCAUGACAAACUUUUAGAAAAAGUUUUUGAUAAAACCGAUGACAAAGUACCAUGGAGCCUUACCAUUUGAAGUUUUGUAACCAAAUAAAAAAAAAUAUAUAUUUGUAUAAUGUAGGUAGUUGAUUGGAUAAUAAUAAAAAUAAAUGGAUAGUAUCUAGUAUUUAUUUUAAUUGAACAUUUUUCAUUUUUAUAAAAUCUAGUGAGGAAAACCACCUAUUUAAAAUAUUAUUUCUUAAAAUCUUAACUAUUUAGAAAAAUGUUUAUUGAAUAAAAGUAAAUGUUGCAACCAUGUAUGCGCCCUCAAGUUUAGGAUUGAACGAGCGCGCCACAGAAAACGAAGGUACCGAAACCGAAGAGGAUACAAGAGAAUACGCAACUAGACUACAGAACGAGCUGGACUGGUCCCUUAGAAAACGCGUCGCGUGUCUGUAAUUAUUCAUUAUUCAAUUUUCAUUUUUAUUUUGCAUUAAAAUUGUUUCUUCAAUCCAAUUUGUUAUUAGUGUGUGUGUGUGUAAGAAGCGUUCACAGGUUAGUUGAUUAAUUAUUAUUCUGUUUGUGAGAGUUCAAUUUAUACAAAUAUCAUUUUUUCCAUUUUUAUGAUUUUUUGUUUGUUUAUAACAUUUUUUAUAACAUGUGCAUUGUUCAUGUAUUUAUUAAAAAUCGUUUCAUACUGUAAACAACACAGAUAAAGAAGUAAAUUAGAACCUAAGAAAUUAUGUGCUGUGGAUUCAGAGCGUGUAAUAGGGCCUUGUUGAAUUUACUAACAUUUUCCUACCCUGACGAGAGAAUAUCCUAACAAAUUGAAAUAAUCAAUCUAGAGAUAUUGGCUCAAAAACAACUAUAGCUGAGAAGCUUCCCGUAUGGGACCUCAGUAUCUGCUGGGAAACUGGCUAACUAACCAAAAACUCUUCAGUAUUGAAUAUAGGUAGUGUUGAUUGAAUGUAGUCUGUGUAAUUGAAAUUUAAGCACAAGAGCAGAGGCGGUACCUAAUUUAAACUUUUAUUGACUUAAAUUAUUGAAUAAAUGACUCACAAUUAUGAUUAAAAUUACAUAGUAUGUUUCGAUUUUUGAGGAAUGUUAGAUCGAGGGUUUCUCUGCCGUGCUCUUUCCCCUCGUUAGUUCCAGAAUGAGAAAGGUACGAUUUACUUUAAUAAUAAAGUAGACGUUUCACAAAUUUUUCGUUUCUUUUACAUAUCACAACUUCUCUUAAAUUUCCCAAAUAUGUGCUAUGUCGGGCGCAUGUCCAGUAAGUAAAAUUGAGUAAGUUUCCUCAACGUAGGUCCUAUUUGUUUUUCAUUUAAUUUUUCAGAAGAUUUGUUGUUUAAAAGGUAAUAAAAAUUCACACCUUUCAAUCUUACUGAACGAACCCGGGUAUGUUAUACUACACUAGUGUCAACCUAUUUUCAUUUUCUAUUUGAAUAAAAUAAAGCAAGAUUUGCAAGCUUAUAUUAGACAUAAUCUUCUUUCAUAAUAAUGCUUCAGUAAUUCUCUAUUAAUGCCUAAAAAAGCCAUCUUAAGUUGACGUCUGGGAUUUUACCAAGUUCACAGGAAAGUUUCAGGUAAACAAAUCGUCACAUAAUUAGUAAACUCACAAAUAUCAACUUACUAAAGAUAUCAUGGAACAACUAACCUUUUCACAAUCGUUCCAAAAACUGAAACAGCGCCUAUAGGUAUUCAGUAACCUACUAAGAUCUAAUAAUUUAGAUGCCUACCUAUAACAAUAUGUUAUCUAUCACUUUUGAAUCAAAGCCAUUCAGAAAAUUUAUUAAUUCAUUCAUUGCACUACCAACAAAAACAAAAUUUCCUCUUUAUUCGACAUUUAUUUUAGAUUCAAUUUACAGACGCAGACAUUGUGUGCAACUUUCUUUUGCUAUGGAAUAUGUAUAAGUAUAUUUUUUAAUAUUAAAUAUAAUAUGGGUAUAUCGGUUCCACUCUCCUCCUUUUAGCAGUAUAUUUUCUAUACACGAAAAGAGGCCUAAAAAUUGCUGUCUCGGCAGUAGCCAAGUCACCUUCGGUACCAUUGCUAUUCAAAAACGCAGCUCCUUGUAUAUUUUCAUUGGAUAAUUCUACAUUUUCUUCAAUUUUCUUGUCGUCAGAAACUGUUGCUGCAGAUUUAGGAUCUGAAUCAGAGGGAUAGGCGUGAAUGCUGUAGAGAAAUAGAGCUGCCACAAUAAAUACGUACUGGAAUAUAGAAAAUGUUUUCAGUAAAUGUACCUAUAAUAAAAACCUCACGUGACUUUGGGCUACUUUUGCACAAAAUAUCCCUUUUUACCCACAAGAAACAAUUAAUUGUUGGGAUAAAAAUGCAUACAAAAAAAAGGAAAAAGUUUUGGUCUCUAUUUUUAAGAUCUUCAUUGGGGCUAUGGAACAAAAAGUUAGCAGAGAAAACGUUUUCUACAUUAUCAAUAUCAGAAUAAUAUACUAUGAAUAUGAAAUUACCUCUUCCUAUAGGUACCGACAUUUUUUCCUUUUGGAGGUAUGCUUAAAUUUACAGAAUCAUAAAAUACUUAGAAACUUACUCGCUUCAUUUUCACACAAUAUUUCAAGCCACAGUUCUGCAAUAAUGUUUUAUUAUUUCUAUGUUCAAAUAAUUAUAGGCUUUCAUAAAAUAAAUAAGCCUUUUUCCGACUGACGAAUAAUAAGAAAUCAAUAAUUAAAUAUUAAUAUACACAUUUUAUACCUAAUAGAUAAACUAUACUGACCUUUUUCUGCAAAAAUAACGAUAACUUGAAUACCCAAUCAGAAUGUUAGAUUUAUGAAACAACAAAAACAAUAAAUGUAUGUAAGUAUUAUUUAUUUCGUUUCUCCACCAAUUUAGUUGUUUUUCUUUAAAAUCAAAAUGAAAAUACACACUUAAAAAGAACGAUAUUUUCAAUUAACAUAAAUUUACACGAGUACAAAAGUUCCAAAACCCAGCUAGAGAUAAUGUUAUAUAAACAAUUUCAUGCUUUUGCAAAAUUAUAAUUUUUAUUGAAAAAGAUUACUUUUGUCCUAGCGUCUUAAUUUCCCUCUUGCAAUUUUGAUAUAGCUUUCCUUAAUUCUUCAACAAGUUUAUAUAACUUUUCAAUUUUGUCUUCAUUGUAUUUAUUAUUAUAUUUCGCGUUGAUAUUAGUGAAAUAUGCAAUAGGAAUGUUGGUAUGUUGUGAAAUCCAUCUGAGAAACGGAGCAAUACUGAGCACAACAGCAGUGCGACUACAUUUGUUAACAGCCACAGCACACUCCGGUUUUAUUGUGAGCAAUCCUAUAACUUUACCAUUCACGCUCAAAGAAUUUCCAAUCCAAUUUGGAUAACUAUCAUGUGACAUUUUGAUACAGAUUUCCUGGUUUAGAAACAUUUCAUUUCCAAACAAAAAUCUGCAGGUAUCUUGGCUACUAAGUCGCACUGCUGCUACUAAUAAAUCUGUAUUUGCCGAAGCCUUCCAACCCGUAAGAUUAGCAUCAGCAUUUUCAUCCAGCGCCAUUUCAAUUUCCACUUUAGUCGCAAGCUUAGCUGUUCUCUCAUGUAUUAGUUGAGGUAACUUUAUCAAGGCUAUAUUAUUCAAAUAUCGAUUACCGUUAUUGUCGGUACGUAAAAAGUCUUGGUGAAUCUUUAUAUUUUGAGCUACGUAAACUUUCAUAGUUGGAUCACCGAUGCUGGUGGAGUACAUUGGAUUUUUGCGAUAGUCAAAGUAAACCGUCACUUGUGCUGACC